CCUCCCCUGACGUCACCGAACCGUUCUCUCAAAUUAUCCACUUGUAAAUUCCACGUCACACCCAACAUUUAUUUUUGUUUAAUAUUCUUGGUCUUUAUAUAUAUAGAGUUAAGAGAGAGGCGAGCUUACAAAGACAACGUAAACGAACAGUUCCACUCAGACAUGGUUUCCUGGGUUAGAGGGAAGUGCGUAGGGAAGGGCUCCUUCGGUACCGUGACGCUCGGAGUCAACGUACCGGACGGUGCCGUUUUUGCUGUGAAGUCCGUGGAUCGGAAUUCGGGUCUGCCCGGUCACGUGGAGGCGUUGGAGAACGAGAUUCGGAUCCUCCGUUCGCUCUCCUCGCCUUAUGUGGUGGGCUUUCUCGGCGACGACGUGACGUACGAGUCCCCCACGACGUCGUUCCGGAACCUCCACAUGGAGUACUUGCCAGCUGGCACAGUGGCAAAAAGGUGCGUCCCUGACGUGGAUGAGAGGACUGUGCGGUCCUACACCUGGUGUGUCGUCUCGGCGUUGAAGUACGUGCACUCCAGAAGCAUUGUCCACUGCGACGUCAAGGGAAGGAACAUUCUGGUGGGGCCGAGUUUGAACUCCGCGAAACUCGCCGAUUUCGGAUCGGCGAUUGAGAGCUCUUGGGAAACGCGUGGUGUUCCGAUUGUGCCACGCGGGAGUCCUCUGUGGAUGGCACCGGAGGUAAUUAGGCGGGAAUUUCAGGGGCCAGAGUCCGACGUGUGGUCAUUAGGCUGCACGGUCAUCGAGAUGGUCACCGGAAAGCCGGCCUGGGAAGACCACGGAGCCGAUACGCUGAGUCGAAUUGGGUUUUCGGACGACUUGCCAGAAUUUCCCGCCCGGUUAUCCGAACUCGGGCGAGACUUUCUCGAGAAGUGCCUCAGGAGAGACCCGAAGAAGCGGUGGAGCUGCGAUCAGCUGCUACAGCACCCAUUUCUGUCAUCAUCGGCGUUUCCCAACUCGGUGGUCAUCGACUCAUCGCCGCGUUGCGUGCUCGACUGGGUUAACUCGGAGUUCGAGGAAUACGGUAGCGAAGAGAAUGGGCCGAGUCCGAACUGUGAUUCUGAUUCUCAAAGUUACGAAACUUCGGCGAGGGACAGGAUCGGUAAAUUGGCGACAACGGCAUGGAAAAAUUGGGAAUCGGACGGUUGGGUGGAGGUGAGGGCCUUGGCAUGUGACACGGUGGCAGCAGGUGGGAGCUGUAGUGGGGACGAAGGGGAGGGGACAAGUACGGAAGAUCCGGAAAUGAUGAGGACAGGGGAGGAAACAGCGGGGACAAGUGCGAGGACAAGUUUGGAAUAUUCGAAUUCUGGUGGCUGGCUUUUACUGGUAAUUAGGCUGAAAGAUAGUAAUAAUAAUUUCCAGUGCGACUCUGGAUUUGGGUGUGCUUGCAGAGCUGGCUCGCCUUGUCGGUGUGGGACGCAAAAGGCAGAUUUUGCGGUGGCGAGUGCGAUACUCUCAUUAUUGUUGUUCGAAGUUUAUUUGACAGAAAUAAUUUUUAAUAAAUUAUUAUUCAUAUUCUUCACCUUUUAUUCUUGGCCUCAAUUUUUGUAUGCAUGUGACCAACUGUCUAUACAGAGUGUGUAGAUGCUCAUAU